CUUAUUGCCACAAGAACAUAAUGAGUCAGAAGAUGUUGAAUCUAAAAUCUUAUAUAAUGACAUGGCAAACAAAUUGCGAGAUUUAGGAAACGAAUGGUACGACAUUCAGUUGGAAAAACAAAAAUCAGUUAUUAAAGAAAUUUUAGAUGAAAUGGAUGGAGUGCAACUAACGGCAAAUGAGGAUCGAUUUGAAACUUGCCAACAAGCGAUGAAUAAA